AUGGCGCCGCCGCCGCUUCCAGCAGAGCUGCUACGCAAGCUGGAGGCCGCGCAGCGCGUCGAGCCGCCGUCGACCAGGCUCGCGUACCAGGUGCUGGCCAUCCAGCUGCGCGUGUGGCUGGCGGACCAGAACGACGUCGCGUGCCGCCCGUGGUACAUCUUGAUCGCCGAGCUGUACCCGCGCGGCAAGGUCAUCAACCAGCGCGUGCACUCGCCGGCCGCGCAGAAGCCCGGUCCGGCCGCCCUGCUGCAUUUCCUCGCGGACCACAUCCUGUGCCCGCCGGAGGGGGAGGCAGCCAGGCCGACGCACGUCUCGUUCAUCGAGGACGCCGUCACAGACGCCCUCAAGCCCACCCUGACCAAGCUCCGUAUCGAGGCCGGCACGCUCAUCGUCGCCGAUGGCAUCGCAGAGUACACGAAGCUCUUCUCGAAUAAGAUGAUUAACAUGAACAAGGCCACCAGGGGCGACGCCGCGGAGAGGCCCGGCAUCCUGUCCGUGCGCGGCCUCACCCCCUCGGUCGCGGGGGAGAUGUGCGCCGCCGCGAAGGAGAUGUUCCGCGCACGGCCGUGGAGCCGCAUCGCGGAGCACAUAGCCUUGGAGAUCCGCCUGCCGACGCCGGAUCCCGGGCAUAACUACCGCGAUCGCUAUUACGUCACCGUCCUGGGCAGCGCCGGCAACGUCCAGGGCUUUGCCCUCAUGCCGUCACUGACAAAGCUCAGGGAAAAGUAUCGCCGCGCCGUGCGCAACAAGGGCGAGGCGCUGGAGGAGGUGUCGGACGACGAGGAGGGGGAUGGCGCGUUUGAGGGCGCCCGCAAGGGGCAUUCCGUUUCGCGUACCAUGGAUGACGUCUUGCUUUGCGGCGCGUGUGGGAAACGCGUCGGGGAGGCAACUGAAGGUGACGGCGCCAAGUAUGUCGACCGGUGCGGCGGCUGUCGCAGGCUUCUGUAUUGUAAUGAGAGGUGCCAGAAGCUGGAUUGGCGGGAACGGCACAAGGAUGAAUGCCAGCAAGCGACGAGCGAUGCCGAGUAUGUGUUUAAGAGGGACGAGUGGGCCUGGCUGCAACGGGAGCUGGCGCUGCUGUUUUUGGACCCAACGGCAAUCCCGUUUGACGAUCUGGAUGCGGCGGAGACGUACAAGUGGGACUACAUCGAGGAGGUGUCGCCGCCGCUGCAUCCGCUGCCGUUCGUGACCGUUGAGGGCACGGCGUCAGGGACCAAUCGCAUGGACCGCCCGACCGUGAAGGAGUUUGGUUUCAUGACCUUGAUCGCGAAGGCGCUCACGGAAUGUGUGUCGCCGCCGCCGGACGACGGGACAUUGCAUCUCGCGAGCGGCGUCAGCAUCUCCGUGGCGGAGAAUCUCAAGGAAAGCCUGCCUGCGACUCUUUGAUCGAGCGUGCGGACGGGAUCACUUGAGAGAGGAUGGGCAGUCGUGCGAUUCUGUACCGCGUGAUCGCGAGUUCGGGGACGGUCAGACGUGGGGAUUUGCUCUUUUCAUGUCCCUUCGAGGAGGGAAAAUGCGGAUGUUUGAUAAGUGUGUACUACUGUAGAUGGGGAGCACUAUCCCCGCCCUGCUUCCGACUGAUGCAACUGAUACUAGCAACAAUGUGGCUUGCCAUUUCCACUCACGGUGGGUGAAGCGCUCGCAAUGCUUUUUCGAACGUUGCCUAUCGCCAAUGAAGCCAUGCAUAGCAUGGGCAAGAGUGGGACUUGUGUGUGCUUUUUUCUUUUUUCGUUUCCGAGUUUACGGUACGCGCGCUCGGUGUUCGUCUGGUCUUGAUGAACAGUGUUAGUUACAGUACUAAUUUUCUGUCUCGUGUUUAAAUAUUUACCGGUGUGA